GACGCCAGCCGGGGCUUGGCACAUCGUCCUACCCGGGAAGGACAGCCCGGACGGAACCAUGGCGCGGCUCGGGCUCCCGCUGCCAAUUUUGCCGUUUCUGCUGCUCGGGGCGCUGUCCGCCUUUUCUCCGCCGCGCUUCCCCAACGCGCCUGGGCAAGCCACCCGCGGCUCCUCCGUGCUGCUGGACCCGGUGUCCCGGGAGCUGCAAGUGGUCCAAGGAUGGGUACCGGACGCCGUCGCUUGGGCCAACCUGACCGACGGGAUCCAGGAUAACGGAUGGGCAGUGCUGGAUUUAACCACCAACGAGAAAUACAACGACAGCAUUCAGGCUUAUGCAGCUGGGCUGGCUGAAGCCGCAGUCUCUGAGCAGCUGAUAUAUAUGCAUUGGAUGAACACGAUGGUUAGCUACUGUGGCCCGUUUACCUACCAGACGGACUACUGCCAAAAGUUGAAAAAUUACAUUGAAGCCAACUUGAAAUGGAUGGAGCAACAGAUCGAACAAGCAGGAAUGGAUUCUGCGUAUUGGCAUCAGGUUCGCCUUGUUCUGCUGCAGUUGAAAGGCCUCGAGGACGGGUACAACGGUCAGAUUUCCUUCCCGACGGGCAGCUUCUCCAUCGCUCCUUUCGGCUUUCUCUUGUUCCAGCUGGGUGGUGAUCUGGAAGACUUGGAAUCAGCCUUCCAUAAACCUGAAGAGGAGGAUGCUCUUGGUUCUGGCUCCUGCUCGGCUCUGAUCAAAUUUUUACCUGGCCAUCAAGAUCUUCUGGUUUCACACGACACAUGGAAUAAUUACGAAGCCAUGUUGCGCAUUCUCAAAAAAUAUACUCUGCCCUUCCGGACUUCACCUCGCAGUGAUACCACAAUUCCUGGUCACACCCAAGCUUUCUCUUCGUAUCCAGGCACUAUCUUUUCCGGCGACGAUUUCUACAUCUUGAGUAGCGGAUUGGUGAGUCUGGAAACGACGAUCGGAAACAGCAAUAGUGACCUUUGGAAGUUCAUCACACCUGACAACAGUGUGUUGGAAUGGUUGCGUAACAUUGUGGCUAACCGUCUCGCAAGGACUGGGGCAGAAUGGGCGGCCACCUUUGAGAAGUUCAACAGUGGCACGUACAAUAACCAGUGGAUGAUUGUGGAUUAUAAAUUUUUUGUCCCAGGCGUGGUUGUUCCCCAGCGUGGCCUCCUGACUGUGCUGGAACAGAUUCCGGGAAUGGUGAUUACUGCCGACAUGACCAAACUAUUGUACCAAGAAGGCUACUGGGCAAGCUACAAUGUGCCGUAUUUCCAAGAUAUCUUCAACACUAGCGGGCUCCCAGCACUAGUUCAGAAAUAUGGGGACUGGUUCACCUACGAGAAAACUCCCCGAGCCCAAAUUUUCCGGCGCAACCAAACUCUUAUACAGGAUAUGGAUUCAAUGAUCCGAUUGAUGAGGUUCAACAACUUCCUUCAAGAUCCUCUGUCCCGGUGCCAAGGCUGCAACCCAUCCCAGAACGGAGAAAAUGCCAUCUCUGCCCGCUCUGAUCUCAAUCCUGCCAACGGCACAUACCCCUUUGGUGCUCUCUACCAGCGGCGACAUGGGGGCACCGAUAUGAAGGUGACCUCUUUCGAAAUGAUGAAGAAUUACAGCUUCCUGGCCGUCAGCGGGCCUACCUGGGAUGACCUUCCUCCUUUCGAGUGGAGCACUUCUCCCUAUUGCAAUAUAUCCCACAUGGGACAGCCGGAUCUAUGGAAAUUCUCGCCCAUCCAAGUCCAUUGGGGCUGAAUUUUCCUAAGACUGGUCUUACCCCCCCCCCCCAUGGGCCAGGCUCAGAUUGUGAGCCUAAUUCUAGCUGUCUUCAUGGAGCUUUUUGGGGUGCUGAUUCCACCCUUGGGCUGGCUUUCUUGAAAGAAAAGGGGAACUUGAUCCAUGAGAGGUCCUCCGAGAUUAUGGGAUAGAGCAAGCAGGGGCCCUUAUCCUGGGACGAACUGGAAAAGCCAAAAAUGGCUUGAGUCUAAAAGGAAGGAGAUGGUUGAGAAGACGACUCGUAAAUCAGGGUGUAAAAGUGGCUCGUUGGGUCGUAUGAUGAGAUUUCUCACCCGAACCUUUUAAAACUUUCGUUUCGUUCUGUUGUUCCAAUAAACGCCUACACAAAACCUGCAGUGGAUUGUGUAGUUCAGAGAUGCUUGAA